GUACGUUGUACUUCCUUCCUGAAUACUUUACAACAAUAACAGUGUUUAUACGAGCUGUUUUAACCUGUAAAAUAGAAUGGAUCUUAUUCAGGAACAGUCGACGCCCUCUGGUACCGACGAAGAUGAGGGUACAGAUGAGAAACUAUCAACCAACUUUCCCAUUCCGGCAAGUUCUGAAGAUGAAUUAUUACUUCCCGGAACAACAGACGAGUCUCUGUCACCAUUAGCGAGUAGUGAAGACGAAAUCCUAUCUCCUCAGAAAAGCGAAGACGACGAAAAAUAUAAUCAAUCAAAACAAGAAUCAGAACUCUGUCAACAAGGCAAAGAUGACCCUCCGGAUUCCGGACGGGUUUGUGUAGAAGCUAGUUUACAAACUAUGGGAAAUUCAGAAAGUACCCAUGAAUACAAAGGACACCACGAUCUCAGGAAUACAGCCAUGCCUAUUCGUCUACCCAUGCCUGACUCAAUGGAGUUGGAGCGAAGGUUCACUAAAGUCUUGGCCUCUAUGGACUUGCCACCAGACAAAGCCAAACUACUCAAGGGAUAUGAUGAUGAUAAAAAAUGGGACCUAAUUUGUGAUCAGGAAAGAGUUCAUGCAAAGGACCCUCCCAAUGUUUACCUGGACCAUCUCAAAACAUAUUUGGAUCCUAAGGCUAGCAGAAGUACCAGGGGAGCCUGCGUGGGAAUGGUUGCCUUCCCCCUUCAGUGUGGUAUUGAUAUUAAAAGGAAAAUGUUGGCAGAUUCAUCAUCCACACAGGUACUACGGGACUUGGAAAUUUCACUUCGUACCAAUCAUAUAGAAUGGGUACGAGAGUUUUUGAGUGAAGAAAACCAUGGACUAGAUGUUUUAGUGGACUAUUUAUCAUUUACACAGGUUGUCAUGAGAAGGGAGCAAUUACUUAACAAAGAGAAGAGUGCUAGUCUAGAUGGAUUGUCUCGGAGUCCAACACGAAGACUUAAGCGAUCAAAUACAAUAGGUUCCCCCCGAAGUAUAAAAAAUUCCAAAUUAAAUUUUGGGGAGGCCAGAGAUGAUGUUCAUGUUUGUAUCAUGUGUUUACGUGCCAUAAUGAACCAUCAGUAUGGUUUCAACCUUGUCAUAGCUCAUAAACAUGCCAUUAACUGUAUAGCCCUCAGUCUAAAUCAUAAAAGUUUACGAACAAAAGCAUUAGUGUUAGAAUUAUUAGCAGCAGUUUGUCUAGUCAGUGGAGGACAUGAGAUAAUACUCUCAGCGUUUGAUAACUUUAAACAGGUGUGUGGAGAAGCACAUCGUUUUGAAACCCUCAUGGAUUAUUUCAAAAAUUAUGAUGAAUUCCACAUAGAUUUUAUGGUUGCCUGUAUGCAGUUUGUGAAUAUAGUUGUACAUUCUGUAGAAAAUAUGAAUUUCAGGGUCCAUUUACAGUACGAGUUCACCACAAUUGGUCUGGAUGACUACUUAGGGAAAUUACGGCACACUGAAAGUGAUCGACUUUCAGUUCAGGUUCAUGCCUACGUAGAUAACACAAUAGAUGUUGCCCAGUUGUUAGAAGAUUCAGAAAUGAAAACAGAAGCUUUGGAAAGGGCAGAAGAUUUAGAGGAUGAAUUAUCAAGGGAAAGAGAAAAAUUUCUGGAACUAGAAGAUGAAGCAAUGGCAAAAACAGUUGAACUGGAAAAGCAGUUAUCUGAAGCUACAAAUGAAAUAGAAGAAUUAAAGGAUCUGUUAGCACGGCAUGAAUCUGAAGUCAAUGAAUUGAGACAGAUUGUAAAUGAGAAAGACGAGGAAUCUAAGAAACGACAGAGUAUGCUUGAACAGAAACUUAAAGAAAUGGAACAGCUUAAAUUAAGUGCUACUACAGGUACAGUUCUUGAAUUACAACAGGAAUUGUACCAGAUUUACCGCCCCCCGCCACCACCUGUAGUAGCUCCCCCACCCCCUCCACCACCACCACCUCCUGCUCCUGGUGCAAUACCUCCUCCUCCACCACCACCAGGAGGUGCUGUUCCAAAUAUGGGUGCAAUGACCAUAAAAAAGAAAGUACAGACCAAGUUCAGGUUACCUGUACUGAACUGGACUCCAUUAAAACCACAACAAGUCAAAGGAACCAUCUUUUCAGAUCUGGAUGAUGAGAAACUUUAUACUGUGAUAAACUUCAAUGAAUUUGAAGAAAUUUUCCGCCUGGGUGGAGGUCCAGGUUUGGUGGAUGAUGGUACCCCUAAAAUGUUGAAAAAAUCCAGAAAACCAGAAAGCAUAAGCCUGAUAGAUGCUAAUAGAUUACGAAAUUGUGCAAUAACAAGAAGGAAGAUAGAAUUAACCAACGAGGAAAUAACAAGAGCUAUUAAUUAUAUUGAUUUGAAAACCCUGUCAUUAGAUAUGGUUGAAAUUCUUUUAACAAUUUUGCCAAAUGACCAAGAGGUGAAAGCAUUCAAAAUGUAUGAGAAAGAUCGUAAACCACUGGACAUGUUAACAGAUGAAGACAGAUUCCUCUUUCAGCUUUGUAAAGUGGAGAGAUUGUCGCCCAAAUUACACAUCAUGAGUUUUAUUGGAAACUUUUAUGAUACCAUACAUAAUCUACAACCACAAGUUAAUGCCGUUAUAGCUGCCUCCAUGUCAAUAAGAAGUUCACAGAAAGUGAAGAAGAUGUUAGAGAUAAUUCUUGCCUUUGGAAAUUAUAUGAACAGUGCUAAAAGAGGUCCAGUAUAUGGAUUUAAACUUCAGAGUUUAGACAUGUUAAUGGACACAAAAUCAAAAGAUAAAAAUGUGUCUUUGAUGCAUUAUUUAGUAAAAACAGUGCAAGAAAGAUUCCCAGACUUGCUCACCUUUGAGUCAGAGUUGAGGUUCAUAGAAAAAGCAGCCAUUGUUUCCAUGGAGAACAUUAUUGUUGAUAUUCAUGAAUUAGAAAAAGGAAUGGAAAUGACAAAGAAGGAAUAUGAUGCCAGGAAAAAUUCACGAGAUUUACCUGUCAUUCUUAAAGACUUCCUCAGUAAUUCUGAAGAAAAACUUAAAAAAUUACAAAGUGAUUUGAAAACAGCACAGGAUGCCUAUCACCGGGUUGUAGAGUACUUCGGUGAGAAUCCUAGAACCGUCGCUCCAAACACUUUCUUCUCACAGUUUGUCAGAUUUGUCAAUUCGUUUAAGGCAGCUUUAGUAGAGUUGGAUAAAAGAAGGAAAAUGGAACAUGCAGCACUGGAACCUCCUGUUCCAAAUAAAGAUAAACGUAAAGACAAGAAACAAGUUCAGCAUGAAGAGGAGAAUGGGAUACUAGUUGUACCUGUAAAGGAUGCUGUUGUCAAUGAAUUAAAGAACAGAACUAAACACAUCAAGGAAAAGAAAUUAUUAAAUAAAGAUGAAGUGUAUCAUGGUGCUUUAGAAGAUAUACUUCUAGAUUUGAAGAAUGAACCAUAUAGGAGAGCUGAUGGAGUAAGACGAAGUCAAAGGAGAAGAAAUGAAGGACUUAUGACAACAUCAAUGGGAAAUGACAUUUUCUGAAGAGUUAUCUCCCUUUGCUAGGGAUAAAUUAUAGAUAUAUGUAUAUACAUACAUAGCACUGGAUAUAGCUCUUAUAGCUCUCUUUGUUUCAGUAAGAAGGCAAAUAGAUGGAGUAUAAUGUCCAGCAUAUUUCUCUCUAGGUCUAAGUAUAAUGUCCAGCAUAUUUCUCUCUAGGUCUAUACACAAAACCUACUUUAUAUUUGGAAAAUAAAAACUUUUUUCCAAAACAGGGUAUGGAGAAAAAUUUGACUGUACAAAGUGGUAUUAAACUAGCUACAAAGGAGGUAGAGGGUAACAUGAAAAAUGUUAGUUUUCUUUAAAGAAUCUCUCAGCUUUAAGAAAACUUUUAAAUGUUAGAAUGACAACAAUUACUGUAACAAUUUUUGCCUUUUUUUUCGCUUUUUUAGUAGUCAAAAAUUGGAAAGCAGUACAAUGUAGUUAUAUCUCUGUUCAAGUCAUAAUAAAGAUGUUCUAGAAUCUCAGAUGGUACUUGCCAAACAAAAUUGCAUUUAAUUAAAAUGUAAUCUCUAAACAUUAAUAUUUAAUCUUUAGAAACUCUUUGAUACUGUUAUUUUUUAAACCCAAAUUUGCUAGAUGAAAACAUUCUCUUGGUAUGCCCUUGGAUUAUAUACAUGUUUGCUCUGUUUUAAGGGAAAUAAUCCAUUCCAUACUAUGUGAUUAUUGGAUUGUUGUAUAGCUAUUUAAAGUAUGCUUCUGUUCAAGUUCACAAAUUAUCAAAGUUGGUGCUCUCUUGUUCAAGUUUAAAAUGAAGGAUUAUGGUUUUCAAACAGCAAAUUAAAGUAUAAUAAAAACAGUUUAUUUUAAUUGAAAUAAACCAUACAGAUUUUUUAAUUACAUUGAGGUGCUUUUGAUUGUUAAGCAAGACGGUGUAAAAGUUUUUAUAUUCCAUUAUAUUUGCUUAAUAUAAAUAAGUUGUACAAAGAACAUCAGUGUUUUAAGUUUAAUAACUCUAAUCAUGUUUAUACAUUUAAAAGAAAAAGACUAUUUUACAGAUAAGUUCCUGUGUUUCCAAUGAUAGAUCUAUAUUUGUAAAUAAUGUUUUACCUAUUGAUAUGAAUGAAUGUGGCGUGAAUGAAAAAAAUAUUUAUUUCACAGUCAUCUUGUGCAAUUUUAUAAGUUUUUAAUGUUUUACACAUCUUCGUUAUAAAUCAUUGUCAUUUAUAUAUGAUUGGUGCAAUUGUUUACAUAUAUCAUUUCAAAAAUUGUCAUCAAGGUAUAACUGUUUCAGAAAACUAUAGGCCAGUUGAAAAAUGUCAACAUUUUAUCAAGUUCAGUUUCAUAGGUAGCGAAACAUGGUUGAAGUCUCUUGUUGGAAAAAGUAAUCAUAUAUUGUGUUUCGAUAUCUUGUAAAUUAUUAUGUGUUUCGAUCAGACAGAAGAAAAUGAAUUACAACUGAUUUCCCUAAUAGGGUAGCUAAGUGAUUGCUUGUUGUGAAAAUAAUUUGUGAUGAAUUGUACAAUACUAUAAGAAAUAGAUAAUAUACUGUAUAAAAAUGUGGAAAUUGAUAGCAUCAUCAAUAAUCUAUUUUAAAGUAUGCUUUUCCUACUGUUGAGGUCUGUUGGUGAUCCUUAUAUAUAGUUAUCUAUUUUAAUAUUGAGAACUUCAAAAGUUGGACGGCAUAGAGCUAAUUUUAAUGAGUCUAAAUAAAUAAAGAAAUCCUCAGAGAUUGUGAAAAGUUGUUUUUUAAAUACUUUACUCCUCAAUCAUUUAGAAGGCAGAAAUAAUUGUUGAUAUCUCUGAACAAAUAUAAAACAUGAUAGUAUUACCUGGAAAAAAACUCCUUUAGAUAAUUAUCAUUAUAGGCUUAUACUUUUUUGGCAAUGAUAAUUUCAAUAAAAUGAUAUUAUUGUAUUAGGAAGUUGGAGUAUUGACUUUCUGCCAGAGUAUGUUUUGAAAAUAGGAAAGAUUUAAAAAUGGAAAGUUAGAGAUGACUCUCCAAAAGAGGUCAACAGGAUUUCACAAGUUUAGUCUUCCCUGAAGCUCAUAGCAAUAGUUCAAAUAAUAACUUGCUGCACUGUAUUGUAACUUUGUAAUUAUCACUAGAAUUUUACUUGUAGUUGAGAGCUAAAACCUGGGAAAUAAUUUCAUUGUUAAAUGGUAACAUCACAAAUUGAAUUGCUCUUUUUUUAUGUAUGAUAAAUGUAUUAUGUUAAUGUGUUUGAUAAUAAUUAGAGUUCUUUUUAUUUUGAUAAUAAAUCAAACAUGAAUAUUACAUGCCAGUUGGUGCUCUUCAGAUAAUUAUAUUAAAACCAUUCUUUUAUCUUAAACUUAUACCAGAAAUUGUUCUGUGGUGCUGAGAAUCCCAUAAAUGUAAGAAAUUGAUUCAGCUAAAUACUUCAAAUUUUCACAGAAAAAAUUACCUCAGAUUUUCAUUACAAGCAAACACAAUUUGGUCUAAUGAUCUUUUUGAGCUUUGAAAUCAUUAUUGGCUACUCCAGGGUUUUAUAUAUAAAAUAUGACAGUUCUCUGGCCAACCUUUAACUACUGAGCUUUAAGGAGCAAUACAUAGUGCUUUGAUGUCCAGUAAAAUUUGUUAAACUACGCAAUAAUUAUUUUCCUAUGCAUUUGUAUAUUUCUUUGUACUGCCAGCAUUGUUACUAUCAUUUAUUUAGACUCUGUUAAACAUUCCUGGUUUGCAUUGCCUGUAUGUACCAAGUCCUAAAGCACAACAGAUAUCUAGUUAUUUUUCAGUUUUAUUUGCUUCAAAAGCUAAAGCCUUUUGCAAGAGAUGAAUGAAAUAUCCUAAGAAAGAAAAUGUUCAUGUGAUCUAAAUCAAAAAUUUUAAUUUUUUCAUUUUCAAUUUACUUUCGAAAAACCAUUUUUUAGAAAAGAUUUUGAAAGAAUACAGAAAUUUCAUAUAGUCAUUUGUAAAACUGAAUUCUGAAGUGAUCUGCCAAUAAAGUGAUUGUAUGUCUCUACAUUGAUUUUAAGAUACUUGGAUAUGUUAAAAACUCAAUCCUUUCAUAGUAGUUGUUGGAUUUUUAUACGACCGCAAAUAUUUUUUUGCGCCAUAUAAUGCUAUCAUGUCGUCGUCUGCGUCGUCCGAAGACGCAUUUAGUUUCCGGACAAUAACUUUAGUUUAAGUGAAUGGAUCUCUAUGAAAUUUUACCAUAAGGUUCAAUACUACAAAAGGAAGGUUGGGAUUGAUUUUGGGGGUUAUGGCACCAACAGUUAAGGAAUUAGGGGCCAAAAAUAAGCAUUUUUGUAACUUCCAGACAAUAACUUGUGUGUUAGUGUAUGGAUCUCUUUGACAUUGUACCACAAGGUUCCAUAUCACAAAGGGAAUGCUGGGAUUGUUUUUGGUGGUAAUUGCCUCAAAAGGGACAAAAAACAAGCAUUUUUCUAGUUUCAUGGCAAUAACUUUUGUAUAAGUGUAUGGAUCUUUCUGAAAUUGUACUACAAGGUUCCAUAUCACAAAGGGAAAGCUGGAAUUGAGUUUGGGGGUAAUUGCCCAAAACAUUUAGGAAUAAGGGGCCAAAAACAAGCAUUUUUCUAGUUUCCAGACAAUAACUUGUGUUCAAGUGUAUGGAUCUCUCUGAAAUUGUACUGCAAGGUACCAUACCACAAAGGGAAGGCUGGGAUUGAGUUUGGGGGUAAUUGCCUCAAAAUUUUAGGAAUUAGGGGCCAAAAAGGGGCAAAAAACAAGCAUUUCUCUAGUUUCAGGGCAAUAACUUGUGUGUAAGUGUAUGGAUCUUUAUAAAUUUGUACUACAAGGUUCCAUAUCACAAAGGGAAAGCUGGGUUUGAGUUUGGGGGUAAUUGCCCUAAACAUUUAGGAAUUUGGGGCCAAAAAGGGGCCAAAAAACAAGCAUUUUUUACAGUUUCCAGACAAUAACUUGUGUUCAAGUGUAUGGAUCUCUCUGAAAUUGUACUGCAAGGUACACUACCACAAAGGGAAGGCUGGGAUUGAGUUUGGGGGUGAUGAAUCAUAAGGGGGUUCAAAAAAUUGGGGGGGGGAAUUUUUUUUCCUUUUUUUUUUCUUUAAAAUUUUCCAUUUUAAUUUGCUUAUUUUUGAUUUAUAUAUAAAAGCAAAUAACAAUGAUAUGGUUUGAUUUCAUCAAAAAUUGAAAUAUUGGGGUUCUUUGAUAUGCUGAAUCUAACCGUGUAUUUAGAUUCUUAAUAAUUGGUCCCAUUUUCAAAUUGGUCUACAUUAAGGUCCAAAGGGUCCAAAAUUAAACUUAGUUUGAUUUUAACAAAAAUUGAAUUCUUGGGGUUCUUUGAUAUGCUAAAUCUUACCGUGUAUGUAUUUAGAUUUUGGAUAUUGGACCAUAAUAGGUAAGUUAAAAAUUUUUAAGUUCUUAGACCACAUUCAUUCUGUGUCAGAAACCUAUGCUGUGUCAAAUAUUUAAUCACAAUCCAAAUUCAGAGCUGUAUCAAGCUUGAAUGUUGUGUCCAUAAUUGCCCCAACUGUUCAGGGUUCGACCUCUGCGGUCGUAUCAAGCUGCGCCCAGUUGAGCAUUUUAUUUUAUUCUGAACUGACAAACAAAUAUAUUGUCAUGUGUUACAAGAAGUGAUAUAGGUCAGACAGACACAAUUACAGCAAUAUAUAAAUUAGAAUAAAUACAAUGUUCUGGAAUAAGGACAACAAUUGUAUUUAAAUUUUUUCAAGGUAAAUCUAAGAACUAACUGUCACAAAUAUCAAUUAUUAAUUUUUAUUUUAGUACAACAUUUUAUUCAUGGUUUACCUUCGGAAGUACACAAAUAUCUCAAUACCUCCUAACAAAGUGAAGUUUUAUUUUAAUUUUUAUUUAGCUUGAAUGCUGCAGGUGACUGUGUGCCAAAGUUUGCAAUGCCUGGAUGAAUAUUGGGACUUUAUUAUUUUAAUAUAAUUCUUCGAGCAGUAAAACUGCAGUUAUUUAACCCCAAUUACUCCUACAGUGUUUAUAUUAUUUAUUGAAUGUAGAAUAUAUGAAUUAGAUAUUACAAAGACAAGUCUUGUGUAUUUAUAAGAUCUAUUUUAGUGUUUCCAUGGAAGUAUGUUUGUUUAUGGUUAUUUUUGUAGAUUUAUUUUUGGCCUCCUGUACUUUACUAACUCUGCUUACUUAAAAUUAAACUACCCAUUAGUUCUAGUCAAAUUUAGAUAUUGAAUUUAUUUUAAAAUUAAUUUUCUCUUUUGCACUUGAUGAGAAUUUAAGAGAUAUAAAUUAUGACUGUAAUUAUAUAUGGUCAGUCUGUUUAAAAAUAAAUUAUGACUGUAAUUAUAUAUGGUCAGUCUGUUUAAAAAUAAAUAAUAAGAAACAGUGAAGGUCUAUUUAUUCACUGUUUGUCAGAAGAUGUUGUGAUACAAAGUAUAGCAAUUUGUCAAAUCAUACCAUACAUUUUCCUCGCAUCAUUUUAGUACGACAUUUAUUUGUAUAUUUGUCAUGGCAAAGAUUUAUGAUGUUUUUAAAACAUACAUUGUACUGUCAUAAGAACAUGCCUUAAUUUGUACAAUAAACAUAAAAAAUACAAAGUAAA